AUGGGAAUCCCCCAAACAGGUCCAGCUGUUAGAGAUUCGAGGAGGCAUACUCCGAAAGAAUCUACCCGUCUAAUCCCUCUCAAGACAUCAAACCCAAAGUAUCAAGAGAUACGAGCGCUAUUCCUCAAAGGCUGGAAACAUCCGGAGAAGGACAGACCGAUUAUUCAAGGCAUAUACUUGAUUGUGUAUCCUUCUGAGAGGCUUGAGCCGUAUCGGAAGUACAGAUCGCAUGUUGAACGCCUCAACCUUCGGUCGGGUUUCGACAAGGGCUCUAAUGAGCAAUUGCUUUUUCACGGUACCACACGCUUGUGUGCGCUGGGCGACAGUAAUAGAAGUAUAGUGCCUUGUUCCCUGUCCACUUGCUCUCUGUGCUGCAUAAUAUCCAAACUGUAUGAUGUCCGGAAGUGUGGGUCCAAACAUAAAUUCAGAAGAUUCGGCACAGGGUUAUACACGACAUCAUGUUCCUCCAAGGCGGAUGAUUACUUUCAUGCUGGAGGGAAGGACUCCAAGUACCGAACUCUGUUGGUCAACCGCGUUGUUGUCGGCAAACCUUGUAUCAGACGUUACAACGCGACCAAUCUAACAGAACCGCCACCCGGACACCAGUCGAUAAUCGGUGUCCCAGGCGCAGAUCUGAAUUACGAGGAGACAGUCGUUUACGACAACAAUGCAAUUCACCCGGCCUUCAUGAUAGCCUACACCAACACAAGUGAACCUCCCCUCCAAUCGAAGGCCGCAACUUUACUCUCCACGUUAUUCAAGACCCCAGUGGCGUCUUGA